CAGCAGAUAAACAGCGAGCCCUAGAAGAAACCAAAGCCUACACAACCCAGUCUUUAGCAAGCGUAGCCUAUCUGAUCAACACUUUGGCCAACAAUGUUCUCCAAAUGCUGGAUAUCCAGGCAUCCCAGCUUCGGCGCAUGGAGUCUUCAAUCAACCACAUUUCACAAACGGUGGACAUUCACAAAGAGAAAGUUGCUAGAAGAGAAAUUGGUAUCUUGACUACAAACAAAAACACCUCAAGAACUCACAAAAUCAUUGCACCAGCUAACCUGGAGCGACCAGUUCGCUACAUCAGGAAACCUAUUGAUUAUACAAUUCUAGAUGAUAUUGGACAUGGAGUGAAGUGGUUGCUUAGAUUUAAGGUCAGCACGCAGAAUAUGAAGAUGGGUGGGCUGCCUCGUACAACACCGCCCACCCAGAAGCCACCAAGUCCCCCAAUGUCAGGAAAAGGAACUAUUGGGCGCCACUCUCCGUACCGCACGCUGGAGCCGGUGCGUCCUCCGGUGGUACCGAACGACUACGUGCCUAGCCCGACGCGCAACAUGGCUCCCUCGCAGCAGAGCCCCGUCAGGACAGCGUCGGUCAAUCAGAGGAACCGCACGUACAGCAGCAGUGGGAGCAGUGGAGGAAGCCACCCAAGUAGUCGGAGCAGCAGUCGAGAGAACAGUGGAAGUGGAAGUGUGGGUGUCCCCAUUGCUGUUCCCACACCGUCUCCCCCCAGUGUCUAUCCAGCCCCUGCUGGCUCGGCUGGCACCUCUCCCCUUCCUGCUACCUCUGCUCCUGCCCCUCCUGCCCCUGCCCCUUCCUCGGCUGCCCCAGAUGCUGCUGCUGCUGCAGGAGCCCAGCCCCUUGCUGAUGGCUUCACCUCUCCAACUCCCCCUGCUGCUUCUUCCACACCUUCCACAGGCCACCCAGUCCAGUUCUACAGCAUGAACCGGCCUGCGUCUCGCCACACGCCCCCGACAAUAGGGGGUUCUUUGCCAUAUCGGCGUCCUCCUUCCAUCACGUCACAGACGAGCCUUCAGAACCAGAUGAACGGAGGGCCUUUUUAUAACCAGAAUCCAGCAUCCCUUGCUCCUCCUCCCCCCUCCAUCCUACAGGUAACUCCCCAGUUACCAUUAAUGGGAUUUGUGGCCAGAGUUCAAGAAAACAUUUCAGAUACGCCGCCGCCGCCACCACCAGUGGAUGAGCCAGUGUUUGAUGAAUCCCCCCCUCCACCCCCACCUCCAGAGGAUUAUGAAGAAGAGGAAGCAGCUGUGGUGGAGUACAGCGAUCCCUAUGCUGAAGAGGACCCUCCGUGGGCACCACGGACCUACUUGGAAAAGGUGGUAGCGAUUUAUGACUACACGAAGGACAAAGAAGACGAGCUCUCGUUUCAGGAAGGUGCCAUCAUCUAUGUCAUCAAGAAGAAUGAUGACGGCUGGUACGAAGGGGUCAUGAAUGGAGUGACGGGCCUCUUCCCAGGGAACUACGUGGAGUCCAUCAUGCAUUACUCGGAGUGACCGCCAGAGGACCGAGCACUGCAUCUGCUGCUGCAGGAGCUCCGCGGGCUUCCCGGAUCUUCUCCAGCCUCGGGGGCCCCAUCCAAAAUAACUGAAUGAAGGAUAAUUAUAACAACCA